AAAUCACUAUAUAGUAAAAGUAAAAAGAAGGCCUAUCGAAUCACGUCGCUUUUAAAUCCUUUAAAAUCAAAACAUUGUUUUUCAAAGUUCCAUUGGUAUCACGGAACUCUUGUAUUUAAGCCCAGUUUCCGACCGGAGAAUAAUAUUGGGAACACGAAAUGGCGACUUUCUUGUUUCGCAUAGGACGAUUGGGUCCUCUCAAGCGUCUCCAGUUGGAGAACUUGGGAAUCCUGAGGACUUCUCCAGCUGCUUCGUUCUGCACCAAGACUGAAAAACCAGCAAAACCUGGGAAGAAGACCAAGAGUGCAGCAACAGAGGCUCCAGAUGAGAGAGCAAACCUGUUAGCCUACAAGACAGCAGUUGCCUUCCCAGUUAGACUUUCAGGGCCUGGAUGUUUCCCAGCACAGUCUGUGGAUGGAACGGGACCAGCGGUUGUCUCCACUGCAGAAAGCAUUGUAGCUGCACAAGCCAUCACUCCUGUUACUGCUGCCAGUGAGCAAGUAGCUGCUGAACCAGCAGCCGACUCCGAUUCAGACUCUACCGACUCCGAUUCAGACUCUACCGACUCCGAUUCGGACUCUGACUCUGAGGAUGAGAAGAAGAAAGAAAUCAAGGGCUUUGCACCAGAGGCAGAACCCCAGAGGAUCACAGUCACAGGAGUAAAGGCAGGCACUAUCGAAGCUCAGAAUGAAUAUGGGGCUCCUAUCACACCUGGUGUAGAAACACCAGCACCCUUAGGAGCAGCUCAAGCUACAGUGACUGUACCCAGUGUUGGUUUUGAGAAGCUGGUGAAGUCAGGCCCAGAAAUCAUCACUCGAGAGGUGACUGGGUCUGACGUUUCAGCCAAAACUGCUGCAGGAGUGACAAAAGAUGCUGCAUUUCCUGUUGAUGCUCAAAUAGAAGCCAUUGGUGAGGCUCUAAAAGACCCAAGGUCUUCCUCUGCUGAAGCUGCUCCUGUGGCUGGAGGCGAAGCUGCUGAAGCUGGAGCAGAAGAUGCCCGUCCUGCUGAAGCUGUUGACGCUGAAGCUGGAGCAGAAGACGCCCGUCCUGCUGAAGCUGUUGACGCUGCUGCUGAAGCUGGAGCAGAAGACGCCCGUCCUGCUGAAGCUGUUGACGCUGCUGCUGAAGCUGGAGCAGAAGACGCCCGUCCUGCUGAAGCUGUUGACGCUGCUGCUGAAGCUGGAGCAGAAGACGCCCGUCCUGCUGAAGCUGUUGACGCUGCUGCUGAAGCUGGAGCAGAAGACGCCCGUCCUGCUGAAGUUGCUGCUGCGGCUGAAGCUUCAGUCUGUGCAGGGAGCACUGAGGAGCAGAUGGACCUUGCUCCUAUUGUAACUGAAACUGCAGGAGAGGAACUGCAGACAGAUGCCACAGCUGAACACUCUAAGGAAGCUGCAGCUGUGCCUUCGGAGCCAGAAGAACUGUUUGAUAACAGCACUUACAAAAACUACCAGCACCACAGCUACAACCCCUACACAUUUGCAGACCUGGAUAUGCAGAUGGCCAAGUUUCGUCUCCCUCAGCCCUCCUCUGGCAAGCCUUCACCCAGGCACUAAAAAGAGCUGAUAUGACCAUAAGUUAUGGCUUAAAGAUGACAGUGAUGGCAGUGUCUCUUUUUUCAUUGUCCCCCUACUUCUGUUGUUUUUAAAGUAAAUCAUUAAAGUCCACACAUAAGAAUUGA